AAGCGUUUUUGAAAAUCUGGUAGCAGCCGCCGCAGCAAUGCCGGGGUUCGGGCGACUCAGCAGAGUUUUCCACAAGCGCAGGAAAAAGUCUGCCAGCAGUCGACGGUGGGCCAUAAGAACCAAGAAGCCGAUGACGCCAGUGGGCCUGCAGAGCGAACUGAACCCCGAUGGCAAAACCGAGGUGGAGCCGGCUGUGGAGCCCCGGGAUAAAGAUGGUGUGACUUCUUCGAGAGCAGUGGUCCUUUUUCAUGCAGUGGGAAGCGUUCUGCAGCGGUGCCAGCACGGACUUACUCAGAUCUGGACCGGAUUUUGGAAUGUGUUCCUUUUCUGGAGAGCUUACUCGCAGAGAGUAGAGCUCCUUCACCAGAAAGUGGAGGACCUUCAGAGGGAGCUUCAUCUGCUGCAGGGCAAUGUGAUCCAUAAGGGGCCCAGAAGUUCUUGCUGCCAUUGUGCACCACCACGUAGUGGACCCGUCCCGCAGCAGAAUCUACAGAGCUCUGUUGAUCCCCCAGCUGCUCUUCCUCCUCCUCCUCCUCCUCCUCCUCCACCACCUCCUCCUGCUCCUCCUCUACCUCCAGCCAAGAAGACUCCACAGAAACUCUCCUUAAUUCCCAAAAGGAGAACAGUUCUCACUACGCUGCAGGAUAAAAUUGAUGGACGUGUUGCUGUGACUCUCCAGGACCUGCAGGCUGUGCAGCUCAGAAAAGUAACCGUUACCCGUAAAGUUCGGGUGUCCCCUGAUGGGAGAAAAGGGCCGCUGGUCACGCUAGCAGACCUGCAGAAAGUCCGAUUGAAGCGCACUCAGUGCUGCCUCCCCUCGCCCCUGAGGCCUGGCCUCACCAAGUCACCAAUGAAAAGCCCCAUGAAGCUACGGGUACCACUUAAAAAAGUCCACAUUGACCGUACGCCUGGUGGCUCACCACAGUGCAAUAAGGAGAAUGUAGAGGAUUUCUGCAGUAGUGCAAUCGUGAAGCCAGCUGUCGUGAAGCCGCAGAUUGCUUUGCCUACAGCGUCCUGACCACUGAAGAUUGUGACAUCAGGAAUGAGCCACUUUAAUGUUUUGCCUUUGCCGUCAUGCAGUAUUGCACGUUCUUCUCUGGUUUGUCCUGCUUUGGUCUGUUAAAUGACCCGUUUAUUUUUCCAAGGCGCCUGUAGGAUCCAUGCGUUCUCCUUGAAACAGUAUUAAACAAAUAAUCAUAUUUAAUUACGUCUUCAUGCUACAGUGUGAAGGUUGGACCAGGCACCAACGCAUUCAGCCUAUCAAGGGUCUCUUUAAGGAAAAUGCACAGCUAAGCGAAUGCAUGUAGCCAAAGAUGGGUGUCAUUAAAUAAUGUAUCAUUCCUAACGUUUAUAUUGUCGUUCAACAUUUCGCUGCUGUCAGAAGAAACUUUGUAUUUUCAGUUUUUGACGUGAUUUGAAAAUGCCUGUUUUACUUUACAUUGGGUGUAAGUUUCAUGAUGAAUGGACUGAAAGAAACGGCCCAAAAUGACUUGGAAAGACGUCCGGUUCCAUUGACUUCCAUUAAACGUAAAGUAGGUUUUUUACCUCUCCUGUAAAGUCACUAGUUUGGAGAUACGAGGUUUUCUUCAGAGUGGUUGUCUUGUUUAUGUAUAUGGACCUAAAUGUGAUGUUUUAUUAUACCACUGUAACAUGUUUCACUAAACAUAUGAAAUAUUAAA